AUGUCGUCCGAAACUCCCACCCUCCGAUGGGGAAUCAUCGCCACCGGUCUCAUUUCCUCGUGGUUUGUCGAAGACCUGGUCCUUGAGCGUUCCGACGCCAAAGCCAAGCACAUUGUCCAGUCUGUCGGAUCAUCGUCACUAGAAAAGGGCAAAGCUUUCGUCGAGAAGCAUCUGCCCGGCCACAGCCCGACUAUCUAUGGCAGCUAUGCCGAAGUUUACAACGACCCGAACGUUGAUGCUGUGUACAUCGGCACCCCGCACGCUUUCCACAAGCAGAAUUGCCUGGACGCGAUCAAUGCCGGCAAGAACGUUCUCUGCGAGAAAGCCUUCACGAUCACCGCCAAGGAGGCACGUGAGGUCUUUGACGCUGCUAAAGCGAAGGGCGUUUUCGUCAUGGAGGCGAUGUGGACUCGCUUCUUCCCCCUUACGCGGUCUCUUCUGAACGUUCUGCACAACGAGAAGCAGAUCGGCGAGAUUCACCGUGUCUUUUGCGACUUUGCCAUGAAUAUGAACAUCGCUUCUCUCGGCCCCGACUCCCGUUUGAAGAACCCCGCUCUCGGUGCCGGCAGCCUCCUCGACAUUGGCGUCUACAGCCUUACGUUCACAAUCCUCGGACUGGAUCCUGGUGUUGGAGAGAAGGCCGAGAAGCCGAAGAUCGCUGCGACUCAGACUCUGUCAGACGAUAUCGACAUUGCAACAUCCGCCCUUCUUCUGUAUCCCAGCGGAAAGCAGGGUAUUCUGACUGCCUCAACUCAAGUCAAAACACCUCCAGCAUUCUGUAGAAUCGAAGGCAGCGAUGGAUACGUGUUGAUCGAAGGCAUUGCCACAUCUGUUCCCGGCUCUUUCACUGUUCAUUCUUCAGAGGCGUCUGGUGAGGGAUGGACUGAAUCAACCACACCUGGUUUGAAGGCAAAGAAGUACGAUUUUGAGAGACCUGGCAAGGGCUUUUACUAUGAAGCCGAUGCAGUGGCUUUGGACAUCAAGGCUGGGCGCAAGGAGAGCGAGAUCAUGCCGUGGGCUGAGACCGUCCGUGUUAUGGAGAUAAUGGACGAGAUUAGGAGACAAGGUGGCGCGAGGUUUCCCCAGGACGAUCAAUAG